CACUGCUCUUGGAGGAAGUGAGCGCCGCAUCCUCUGCUGCGGGAGAGGAGAGCGGAGACCGGAGAGGAGAGCGGAGAGCUGCGGGGCCGGUGACCGGAGAGGAGAGCGGAGAGCUGCGGGGCCGGUGACCGGAGAGGAGAGCUGCGGGGCCGGUGACCGGAGAGGAGAGCGGAGAGCUGCGGGGCCGGUGACCGGAGAGGAGAGCGGAGAGCUGCGGGGCCGGUGACCGGAGAGGAGAGCGGAGAGCUGCGGGGCCGGUGACCGGAGAGGAGAGCGGAGAGCUGCGGGGCCGGUGACCGGAGAGGAGAGCGGAGACCGGAGAGGAGAGCGGAGAGCUGCGGGGCCGGUGACCGGAGAGGAGAGCGGAGAGCUGCGGGGCCGGUGACCGGAGAGGAGAGCUGCGGGGCCGGUGACCGGAGAGGAGAGCGGAGAGCUGCGGGGCCGGUGACCGCCGUGUCCGGAGGAGGAUGCUCCCGUGGCUCUGACCAUGCUGCUGAAGGAGUACCGGAUCUGCAUGCCGCUGACGGUGGAGGAGUACAGAAUCGGACAGCUCUAUAUGAUCAGCAAGCACAGUCACGAGCAGAGCGACCGAGGAGAAGGCGUGGAGGUCGUACAGAACGAGCCCUACGAGGACCCGGUGCACGGCCCGGGACAGCUCACCGAGAAGAGAGUCUACCUGAACAGUAAGCUCCCGAGCUGGGCGCGAGCCGUGGUACCAAAAAUCUUCUACGUAACAGAAAAGGCCUGGAACUACUAUCCAUACACAAUUACAGAAUACACAUGUUCAUUCCUUCCGAAAUUCUCCAUCCACAUAGAGACAAAAUAUGAGGACAAUAAGGGAAGCAAUGACGAUAUAUUUCUCAAUGAGCUGAAGGACCUGGAGCGCGAGGUCUGCUUCAUCGAUAUCGCGUGUGACGAUGUUCCGGAGAGAUAUUAUAAGGAAUCGGAGGACCCCAGGACCUUCAAAUCGGAGAAGACAGGCCGAGGGCUUCUCAGGGAAGGCUGGAGAGAGACACAGCAGCCCAUCAUGUGCUCGUAUAAGUUGGUUGCCGUGAAGUUCGAGGUUUGGGGUCUGCAGACCCGGGUGGAGCAGUUUGUGCACAGGGUUGUGAGGGAUGUCUUGCUGAUCGGACACCGGCAGGCCUUCGCAUGGGUCGACGAGUGGUAUGACAUGACGAUGGAUGAAGUGCGAGAGUACGAACGGACUACUCAGGAAGCCACCAACAGAAAAAUCGGGGUCUUCCCACCCGCCAUAUCAAUCACUGACAUUGCACUGCCCUCCUGUUCCCGCAGCGGGCCCUCCAGCGCACCUUCCACCCCUCUGACCACCGAUGCUCCAGAGUUUUUAACUGUCCCCAAAGACCGGCCUCGGAAGAAGUCCGCCCCGGAGACGUUAACGCUGCCGGAUCCCGCCCUGAGCGUGCAGAGCAUGUUUACCAGUAACAAGUCUUCUCACCCUAAACCCGAGUAACCGGUCAGAGCCCCUGAUUACCCCAAAGAAGGGGAGACAAGAUGUAGCCAGAGAGGAGCCUCCAGCCGUGUCCUGGAUGGUCCAAACCUCUGCUCCCUUCCCCCCCCCCCCCCCCCCUUCGCUUCUUCUUUGACACACAGACCGCGACAUUUCCGUCCGACUAUUUGCAUAACGUAUUCUUCUAGAAAAAAAAA